AUGCCCCUCACCCCACCCUACACCCUCUCCCCCAUCACCGAGGCCGACUUCGACGCCUGCAUGGCCAACGCCACUCCGGCCUUCGCCGCCGACGCCAUCCGCCUCGCCACCUUCCCGCCGCACCUGGUCGACCCGCAAUACCCGGACGAAGAAUCCGACUUCCGCCGCCGCCGCCUGCGGAAACGUCUCGCGGCGGGCUGCGUCGCGCACAAGAUCGUCGAUCCGGACGAUACCUCCAAAAUCGCGGCGUGGGCGGUGUGGAUCCCGCCGCAGGGGAAGGGGAGGAAUGGGGAGGAGGGGGAGGGGGAGAAGAAAGAGGGUGUGAAUGGGGGUGAGGAAGGAGGAGAAGGAGGGGCGAGGGGUGGAGAGGGGUGGACGAAUGAUGUGCCCAAGUGUGCGGUCAGGGAGCUUUGGGAUGUGCAGAUUAGUAUGAUGAAGGAGGCGGAGAGCAAGGUUUUUGGCGAGGAUAAGAAUUUUUGGUACCUCGCUACGCUGUCGUGCCACCCGGACUAUCAGGGCAAGGGCCUUGGUGCUGCUUUGGUGAAGUGGGGCCUGGAGCAGGCUGAGAAGGACGGCGUCCCGGUGUACCUGGAAGCUACUCCGUCAGGCAAGUUUCUGUAUGCGAAAUUGGGGUUUGAGACUGUGAUUGAGUAUGACAUGGCGCGGUAUGUUCCGGAGGGUGUCAAGUAUGUGUUUUCCUGCAUGCUCUGGAAGCCGAAGAACAAGCUGCAGUGA